GUGUCCCCUCUUUCUCUCUCUAAAUCCACCCCCAUUUUCUUUAGAGCGAGAAAGAGAAAGAACAAGCGAAGCGAACCUCGCCAAUGCUCUCCUCCGACGACUACCUUGCUUGAUUGAUUCCAUCAAAUUCAAUCAGUAGAAGAAGAUUUCGUAGAUUCAGAUGAAGACUAUCGUUUCGCGGUUGAUCCAUUCAAGAUCAUCAUUUCCCAGGCUCAAUACAUUGGUUGGGUCCAACAGUGGGAGAUAUCUCUCAACAGACUCUAAUAAGGUUGAUGAGCCCUUUAAGGUCGAGGAAGCAGAGACUGUCAAUGUUCCUCCUCCUCCUACAGAGAAGUUACUUGUAUUGGGUGGAAAUGGAUUCGUUGGCUCACAUGUUUGUAAAGAAGCUCUAGAUCGUGGUUUGUCGGUGUCAAGCUUGAGCAGAUCUGGAAGAUCCUCUAUACAGGAGUCAUGGGCUAGCAAUGUGUCUUGGCAUCAAGGAAACCUUCUAUCGCCUGGUUCAUGGGACGAAGCUUUAAGCGGGGUCACUGCUGUGAUCUCCUGCGUUGGUGGUUUUGGCUCCAAUUCAUACAUGUAUAAGAUUAACGGGACAGCAAACAUCAAUGCUAUUAGAGCUGCUUCGGAAAAAGGUGUAAAAAGAUUUGUCUACAUCUCUGCUGCUGACUUUGGCUUUAUUAAUUAUUUAUUGCAAGGAUAUUAUGAGGGAAAGAAAGCUGCUGAAGCGGAGCUACUAGUUAAAUACCCUUAUGGGGGAGUGGUUUUGAGGCCCGGAUUCAUUUAUGGAACUCGCCAAGUUGGAAGCAUGAAAUUACCUUUGGGCGUUAUCGGUUCACCACUAGAGAUGGUUUUCCAACGAACAAGACCUCUUACCCAACUGCCGCUCGUGGGGCCACUCUUCACUCCUCCGGUGAACGUGACUUCAGUGGCGAAGGUUGCUGUUAGAGCCGCGACUGAUACCGUCUUCCCUCCGGGAAUCGUUGACGUGAACGGAAUACAACGUUAUAGCCAAAAGAAGUUUUAGUUCCUUCUCUUGGUUUUCGUUUUAAGUUGUUUUAAACACUUAAAAUGAUGAUCUUUCUUUGGUUCCCUAUACCUGUGAAAUGAGAUUUUGCAUGGGGUCAUCUUGCCUCAUUGAUCCAAUAAUAAUUUAACUAAAGAAAUAUAUUUAUUAUUAUUAUUAAUUAUUAUUGAAUAAAUUACUAAGUUAUCUCCAAA